AUGAGCAUCUUUUUCAGACCACCUUUGGAUAUAGAGAUUACACUGGACAACGAAGAAGCACGAAAGCAUGUGGAUCUCCCUACUAACAAUAAAUCCAAUAUUCAGGAAAGUUUACCACUUUAUGAAGAUGGUGAGUCCCUAAGUGGGGUUGUAACAUUAAGAGUCAAGGAAGGGAAAAGAGUCGAUCACUUAGGUGUGAAAAUAGCCGUUGUUGGCUCAAUUGAUAUGGUCAAAACUCAUGGUGGAAGCAAUGGUAGUGUUACUGGUAAUAAGAUUUCACCCAAUGCUUCAGCUUUGGACUCUAGGAAGAAGACUGUUGAUCAGUUUCUUUGUAUGAGCUAUGACUUAUGUCCUGCUGAGGAAUUACAACAUACUCAGAGUUUUACUUUCAAUUUUAAAGAUGUUAACAAGAGAUAUGAGGCCUAUAGGGGGAAGAACGUUGAUGUGUCAUAUUAUGUUAAAGUAACCGUAUUAAGGAAGUCUACUGAUAUUUCCAAAACCAAAAGAUUUUGGGUAUAUUUAUAUAAAGAUCUGAUACCUCAACAACCGCCAACCACUGUACAAAAAGCACCUUCAAAAGUACAGUCAAUUGAGGAACCCGUUGAGGAGGAAGCUUCUAAUUCAAACGGCACUGAUGCAUCUGACGUUAAUGAUAAUGGUGAAUCUUCAAUUGCAGCACCACCACCUUCGAAUAGUGCGAACAAUAACGAAUCACACCCAGUCAAGUUGGAUAUUGGUAUAGAGAAUUGCUUACAUAUUGAAUUUGAGUUUUCUAAGGCACGUUACACUUUGAAGGAUGUCAUUGUCGGAAGGAUAUAUUUUUUAUUGACUAGGUUAAAGAUAAAACACAUGGAAUUAAGUUUGAUUACCAGAGAAUCCUCUGGUUUACAACCGUCAAACUAUUUAAUUGACUCUACCGCAAUUAGGUACGGAAUAAUGGAUGGAUCGCCAGUUAAAGGGGAAUCAAUACCUAUCAGAUUAUUCCUAGGAGGAUAUGAUUUGAUUCCGAAUAUGAGCUGCAAUUACUUCAACGUUAAGAAUUACUUAAGUUUGGUAAUUAUUGAUGAAGCCGGCAGAAGGUAUUUCAAACAAUCAGAAAUUAUACUUUAUCGUACAAGGUAA